AUGGCACCUCUGAGCCAAAUAAGCAACCACAUCAACUCCACCUGUGGAGCAGAGAACUCCACGGGUGUCGGCCGGGCCCGCCCACAUGCCUACUAUGCCCUGUCCUACUGUGCACUCAUCCUAGCUAUCAUCUUCGGCAAUGCCCUGGUAUGUGCCGCUGUGCUGAGGGAGCGUGCCCUACAGACCACCACCAACUACCUAGUGGUGAGCCUGGCUGUUGCGGACCUGCUGGUGGCCACGUUGGUGAUGCCGUGGGUGGUGUACCUGGAGGUGACAGGUGGAGUCUGGAAUUUCAGCCGCAUUUGCUGUGAUGUUUUUGUCACCCUGGAUGUCAUGAUGUGUACAGCCAGCAUCCUGAACCUCUGUGCCAUCAGCAUAGACAGGUACACAGCGGUGGUCAUGCCAGUUCACUAUCAGCAUGGCACCGGGCAGAGCUCCUGUCGGCGUGUGGCACUCAUGAUUACAGCUGUGUGGGUGCUGGCCUUUGCUGUGUCCUGCCCUCUGCUCUUUGGUUUCAACACAACAGGGGACCCCAACAUCUGCUCCAUUUCCAACCCUGACUUCGUCAUCUACUCUUCAGUGGUGUCCUUCUACGUUCCCUUCGGGGUGACUGUCCUGGUCUAUGCCAGGAUCUACAUGGUGCUGAGACAAAGGAGACGGAAACGGAUCCUCACUCGCCAGAACAGCCAGUGCAUCAGCAUCCGACCUGGAUUCCCGCAGCAGCCUUCCUGUCUGCGGCUGCAUCCCAUUCGGCAGUUUUCAAUAAGGGCCAGGUUUCUGUCAGAUGCCACGGGACAAAUGGAGCACAUAGAAGACAAACAAUAUCCCCAGAAAUGCCAGGAUCCUCUCUUGUCACACCUGCAGCCUCUCCCUCCUGGCCAGACUCAUGGGGAGCUGAAGCGUUACUACAGCAUCUGCCAAGACACGGCCCUGAGGGACCCAGGCUUCCAAGAAGGAGGAGGAGGGAUGCAUGGGGCAGAGAGGACUCGGAACUCCUUGAGCCCCACCCUGGGGCCCAAGCUCAGCUUAGAGGUUCGAAAACUCAGCAACGGCAGGUUAUCCACAUCCCUGAAGCUGGGGCCCCUACAGCCCAGGGGAGUGCCACUUCGAGAGAAGAAGGCCACCCAGAUGGUGGUCAUUGUGCUUGGAGCCUUCAUUGUCUGCUGGCUGCCCUUCUUCCUGACUCAUGUUCUUAAUACUCAUUGCCAAGCAUGCCAUGUAUCCCCAGAGCUCUACAGAGCCACAACAUGGCUAGGCUAUGUGAACAGUGCCCUUAACCCUGUGAUCUACACCACCUUCAAUGUGGAGUUCCGCAAAGCCUUCCUCAAGAUCCUGUCCUGCUGA